GUGGGGAGGGGAAGCAGAAGUGGGGAAGAAACUGGACUUGACGCUCAACACCACCUACUCGCGGCGCACUUCUUGGGUUACUGCCGCCCGCACACUCAUUCGUUACAUUAUUACUCGCCACCUCAGCUCCACUCCUCUUCUUCUUCUUUUGGAAGUUAAAGAAAAAACAAAGAAAGAAGAGUGAGUGUGAUAAGUGAUAACAAUAAACCACUCAGCUCCAUUCUUAAACAACACCUUCAUCACUCUCACUUCCCCCGAUUUCAAUUCCCAACUUUACCUCCUCAUCGGCGACGCUGCUUUCCAAUCUCUUAAACAAAACAAACUACUAAUUCAAUUCAAAGCCCUAUAUAAUAGUCAAAUUGUUUGUUUGCUCGGAAUCCCUUGCGUGCGCCAAAGAUGCAAGGGUUUACAGCAGCAGCACCACCAGCAGGUGGUGGUGGUGGUGGAGGCGGCGCCGCCGGACCUUCCGAUUUGGCUCAGCUUCAGUCUACCAUGCAAGCCAUCGAGCUAGCUUGCACUUCCAUUCAGAUGCACAUAAAUCCAGCCGCUUCUGAGGCAGUCAUAUUGUCAUUAGGCCAAUCCUCUCAGCCAUACAAGACUUGCAAAUUCAUUCUUGAAAAUUCCCAGGUGGCAACUGCAAGGUUUCAAGCGGCUGCAGCAAUCCGGGAAGCAGCUAUCAGAGAAUGGGGUUUUCUUAGUGCUGAUGAUAAGAGAGGCCUGAUUAGUUUUUGUCUAUGCUAUACUAUGCAACAUGCUAGUUCUCCUGAUGUGUUUGUCCAAGCAAAGGUUUCUUCAGUGGCUGCUCAGUUGAUGAAAAGGGGUUGGCUUGAGUUCACGACUGCAGAGAAGGAGACACUCUUUUAUCAGGUGAACCAAGCUAUUUUGGGCAUUCAUGGUGUUGAUGUGCAGUUUGCUGGAAUCAAAUUCCUUGAAUCAUUGGUAUCUGAAUUUUCUCCAUCCACUUCAAGUGCUAUGGGUCUUCCAAGGGAAUUCCAUGAGCAAUGUAGGAGGUCACUUGAGCUAGACUACUUGAAGAUAUUCUACCGUUGGACACAAGAAGCUGCUUUAAGUGUCACAAACAAGAUUGUUGAAUCUGACUAUGCUGUUCCCGAGGUUAAAGUUUGCACUGCAGCACUGGAUUUAAUGCUUCAGAUUCUUAAUUGGGAUUUCCGUUGCAAUACCAAUGAUACAAAAGUAAAUGUAUUCUCUGCUGGAAUUAGGCAAGAUGGGGAUUCUCCUAGAAGGUCUGAAUAUCACCUAGUGCAGCCUGGUUCAGAUUGGCGUGAUGUAUUAAUAUCAAGUGGUCAUGUUGGAUGGCUUUUGAGUUUAUAUUCAGCAUUGAGGAAGAAAUUUUCAUGUGAAGGCUACUGGCUUGACUGCCCAAUUGCUGUUUCUGCCCGAAAGCUAAUCGUACAGUUUUGUUCUUUGACAGGAGCCGUAUUUGCUUCUGAUGAUGUGAAAAUGCAUGAGCACCACCUUCUGCAACUCUUAUCUGGGAUAAUAGAGUGGGUCGAUCCUCCUGAUGCUGUUUCAAGAGCUAUUGAAUCGGGGAAAAGUGAAAGUGAGAUGCUUGAUGGUUGCCGUGCAUUAUUAGCCAUUGCACAUGUAGCAACUCCCUAUGUGUUCGAUGAUCUCCUAAAGCCUAUGAGGCCCUUUGGUACUCUUACAUUUUUGUCAAUGUUGAUGUCGGAAGUAAUUAAAGUCCUAAUGACUAGCAACACUGAUGAGGAGACUUGGAGCUGGGAAGCACGUGAUGUCUUGUUGGAUACUUGGACUGCCCUUCUUACGCCAAUAAAUAUGAUCUCUGCAAAUGCUUUGCUUCCAUCUGAAGGGAUAAAAGCUGCAGCAAAUCUCUUUGGUUUCAUUGUAGAAUGCGAGCUUAGAAUGGCCUCCGCAUCAGCAUUUAAUGAUGAGGGCGAUGCAGACUAUCUUCACGCUUCUGUAUCUGCCAUGGAUGAAAGGUUAAGCUCCUAUUCUCUUAUUGCUAGAGCUUCUGUUGACGUUACAAUUCCCUUGCUCCAUGGAGUGUUUUCUGAGCGGGUUGCACGCCUAAAUCAGGGACGGGGAAUAGUUGACUUGACUGAAACUAUGGAAGAACUUUAUUCAUUAUUGUUGAUUAUUGGGCAUGUAAUUGCAGAUGAAGGGGAAGGGGAAAUUCCUCUGGUUCCGAAUGCUAUACAAACCCAAUUUGUUGUUAAUGCCAUGGAAGCAGACAAACAUCCUGUUAUAGUACUUUCCAGCUCAAUCAUAAAAUUUGCUGAGCAGUGCCAAAAUCCAGAAAUGAGAUCAUCAGUUUUUAGUCCCCGACUUAUGGAGUCACUUAUAUGGUUCCUUGCACGGUGGUCACGUACAUAUUUGAUGUCUUCCGAUGGGAAUGGGGACAAAAUCUUGGAUUCAGGUCAUCAUCCCGAGCAUAGUUCAAAAAAGGCUUUGCUUAGUUUCUUUGGAGAGCAUAACCAAGGAAAACCCGUCCUUGAUAUUAUUGUUCGAGUAUCCUUGGUCACACUUAUAUCAUAUCCAGGGGAAAAGGAUCUUCAGGGCAUUACCUGCUACCAGUUACUUCAUUCACUGGUUCAGCAAAAGCAUAUAUGCAUUCAUCUUGUUACACUGAAUUCAUGGAAUGAACUAGCAACUGCAUUUUCCACAGAAAAGACUUUGUUCCUUUUGGACACUGCUCAUCAGCGGUCACUUGCACAAACACUUGUUCGUUCAGCUUCAGGCAUGAGAAAUUCGGACACAUCAAGCCAGUAUGUGAGGAAUCUCAUGGGUCAUAUUGCGACAUAUAUAGUGGAGAUGUCCAGCAAGAGUAAUUUUAAAAGUAUUGCCCAACAGCCGGAUAUCCUCCUAUCGGUCAGCUGCAUGUUAGAACGUCUGCGUGGAGCUGCUAGUGCUUCUGAACCUCGAACUCAGAAGGCUAUUUUUGAGCUAGGGUUUUCUGUAAUGAAUCCCAUUCUUGUUCUUCUUGAAGUAUAUAAACAUGAGUCUGCAGUUGUCUAUCUGCUACUCAAAUUUGUAGUUGAUUGGGUUGAUGGACAAAUUACAUACUUGGAGGCGCAAGAAACUGCUUCUGUUGUUAAUUUCUGCAUGCGUUUGCUUCAGUUAUAUUCAUCUCACAAUAUUGGCAAGAUAUCAAUAAGUCUUUCAAGCAGCUUACUUAGUGAGGCAAAAACGGAUAUGUAUAAAGAUUUGCGUGCUCUUCUUCAACUUCUUUCAAGUCUUUGCUCUAAAGACAUGAUCGAUUUCUCGUCAGAUUCAAUUGAGAUCCAAGGCACUAACAUAUCUCAGGUGGUUUACUUUGGUCUUCACAUAGUUACACCACUGAUUUCUAUGGACCUCCUGAAAUAUCCCAAACUUUGUCAUGAUUAUUUUUCUCUCCUUUCACAUAUGUUGGAGGUUUAUCCUGAAACUUUUGCACAACUAAAUAAUGAAGCCUUUGCUCAUAUACUUGGAACUCUUGACUUUGGCCUCCACCAUCAGGAUGCAGAUGUGGUUACCAAGUGUCUCAGAGCUCUGCAAGCUCUUGCUUCUUACCACUACAAGGAGACGAGUAACGGUAACAUAGGCUUGGGCACACAUGCCACGGGUCUUAAGGAUUCAAAUGGGAGUUCCCAAGAGGGCCUCUUGAGUCGGUUCCUUCGUUCAUUGCUGCAAUUGCUCCUUUUCGAGGACUAUAGUUCUGACCUAACCAGUGUGGCAGCAGAUGCUCUCCUUCCACUAAUUCUUUGUGAGCAAAGCCUGUAUCAGAAAUUAGGCAAUGAUUUGAUAGAAAGACAAACAAAUCCAACGCUCAGAUCAAGGCUAGCAAAUGCAUUGCACACACUAACAUCUGCAAAUCAGCUCUCUUCCUCCCUUGAUAGGAUAAAUUCUCAGAGAUUUAGGAAAAAUCUUAGUAGCUUCCUGAUUGAAGUUCGUGGAUUUCUAAGGACAAUGUGAUCAACCGUGUAUGACUUCUGUUGUAUAAUGCUUCAAAGAAUGAGUUGACAUUCACAUUUGAAACAAACCACCGGAGAGAGAAGCUCGUCAGAUAUAAUUUUUGUGGAGUAAUUGAAACAUCCAUCAUAUCGGCAGUGCCCAUUCUGUUUACUCAGAUCCGUCUGGUUGUUUCCAAAGGCAAAAGCUGGUUGUUUAUGUUGGUCAGAGACUAUGAAAGAAAGCAUCAAGGCUCUUUAAAGAUCUGAGUACCAACUUAUUGGCAUAAUGGCUUGUGAUGCCAUUUUCUUCUUGGCGAAUUGCAUUGUUGUGUAGAUAUGUUACUCAAGUCUAAGAUUCGAUUGGAGGGGUUUUCUUUAUGCAACCUUUCAUGUUUGUGAAGAAAAGCACAUUCUGUUCUGAUCUGUUGAGAUGUUAAACCAUUUCCGUGUUUCUGCAUACUUAAAGCUUUUAUACACCUGUAACAACUAUACUAAUGCCCCCAUCUUAUUUUUGGUGUUUUUUCAUCUCAAGAAGCACAAUUUGUAUAGCUGUAACUUUUUAACUGCAAUUGUGUAAUUAUUCAUGAUGAAUAUUGAAUUUUGCGGUUUUUCGUGA